CUCGCGACCGCUCGAUGCUCCGCUGUCAGAGGCUUUAGCGAGUAGCAGCUGACUUAGCGCUCGCCUGAGAAAAGUUGCAUUUGUGCCGUUUUAAAUAGUGGUCGAACUAGCAAUCUUAUGUUGUGUUAUAUAUAUCUGCUCUUCGUGUGUGAAUAUGGCUUGAACGAAUACUGUGGCAUCGAAGUGAAAAAUAAAACAAUCGUACAGUGACUGACUACUACUAUUAACAAUGUUAUUCAUCCAAUACCAAGGGAUGGCAAUGAUCUUGCUCGCCCUCGUGGGGUCGGCGGCGUCCCCGACUCAAGGAUCUCCGCCGUCCGAGUUGCAGCAUCCUUCAGCAGGGUCCUUCAGCGCCGCCGCCUCGCCGAACCACCAAGGACGCCAGCGCAGGAAAGCUUUGCAUCCACACACGUUCUUAACGACACCAGAACUGAUCCAGGCGCGAGGUUACCCGUCCGAGGUGCAUCACGUGAUUUCUCCCGACGGCUACGUUCUGCAGAUGCACCGGAUUCCGUGCGGUCGACGGCACCUCGUCAAUGGAAGGCGUUGCGAGGGCGGACGUCGGCGGGUCGUGUUCAUCCAGCACUGCUUGCUUUGUUCCAGCGCCGAUUUCGUCAUGAACGAUCCUGACCAAGCUUUAGGUUUCAUAAUGGCGGACGCUGGAUACGACGUCUGGUUGGGAAACACGCGAGGAAACGUCUACAGUCGGCGUCACAUUCACCUUUCUCCAAAACAGCCUGAGUUCUGGGAUUUCAGCUGGGACGAAUUCGCAAAAUACGACAUGCCUGCAAUGUUGCAGUACGUCAGGAAAGUGACAGGAGUGCCUAUUCUAGAUUACAUAGGGCAUUCCAUGGGCACUACUAUCUUCUUCGUUAUGAUGAACUACCAUCCUCAUAUGAACAACUGGAUUCGCGCGAUGGUCGGGAUGGCGCCCGUCGCUUACAUGCACAAUAAGCGCGCGCCCAUUUCAGCUUUUGCGCCCUUUGUGGAUAUUAUAGAUCAAUUCCUCGAGGACAAGGGCUUCAACGAAGUCGCCAACUCGAACACCGCGUUCUCCACCUUGGCGUCUGCUGCAUGCGCUCCGACGUCGAUCCUCAGAUUCAUUUGCAGUUUUGUUCACUUCCUUCUCGACGGUCCGGCCUCCGAUUAUGUAGAUAAGGACUACAUCCCGGUCAUCUUCGCCCAUACUCCUGCCGGAACCUCCCGCCGAGUCGUGACUCAUUUCCUCCAGGUCAUUGCCUCAGAGCAAUUUCAAGCCUACGACCACGGACCAAAGAGGAACCUGAAGAUGUAUGGGUCAGCGACUCCCCCCGUUUACUCGCUCGGAAAUAUCAGAGUUCCUGUGGGAAUCUUCUGGUCGGAGAACGACUGGGUUGCUGAUCCGAGGGACGUCUACCAAACGGCUUCGGAGCUUCCUAACGUGACUCUGUACCAGCGUGUUCCGCCUCGAGAUUUCAGUCACACCGACUUCCUGUGGGCGGAAAAUGCACGCUGGUUUGUCUACAACCCUCUGAUGGAAUUCCUUGAUAGUUACCAUUAACGUUAGCGAAGGAGCCUGUUUUUUUUUUUGUUAUUGUUUUCUUGUUUUUUUCUUUCUUUCUUUCUUUUUUCUUUCUUUCUUUCUUUCUUUCUUUCUUUCUUUCUUUCUUUCUUUCUUUCUUUCUUUUUACCACUGUCAGUUAUUUAUGCUGAUUAUGAUCCUAUAAACACUAGAUAUUGUGGUUAUUGAUACCUCAUGGAUCCAGGGAUAUGCUGUGCCAUGUUAUACGUUCAGGUUGUUUUGAUAUAUGCACAAAAUAAUAAUGUACUUUGUGUGAUAGUAUUUAGUUCGAUGGAGCGGAAGGAUUUUCAUCCAAAUACAAACGCAUUUCCUUUUGUUUUGCUUUUUCUGUGAGUGGCAUUCUAGUAAAUAAAUCUCUAGAUAUGUAAGUUAUAUGAAUUCAGUUUAUUUGUAACAAAGGAACCGAACUAGAACUCUGGAUGUAAUAUUUUUGUGAUAUUAGGUUCAGUUUUAUUUCAAUGGAGUAAAAGCCAAGAAAUGAGGUGUUUUUGAUACUAUAUAAGUUGUUAAAAAGGUUCCUUUGAUUAUUGAUAGAACUUGCUAGUAAAGACGUGUAAUCAGCAAGAUUUUGUGUAAAUGU